AUGUUUUCAAUCAAACAUUCAAUCAUUAAAUUCAAUACAAUUGUCACUAAUUGUAUGAAACAAACCAUUUAUAAUAAUGUGAGACAACUGUCUUCAAGUCAUGACAUGCCAGACGAUGUCUUUGAAUUACCACCAUUGAUGCGAUUCACACCUCGAGGAAUGCCUAAUGUGUUAAAAACAUUGAAGAAUCAGUUUUUUACGUUUUGGUUGAUUAGACCAAUGAUUGACAAUGACUUUCAAAUGAAUAUUUUCCUUAAUGGCGCCAAACAGGCCUUAUCUACCAUUUCUUGUAAUUUGGCCAAUGAUAACAUCGAUGGCAUUCAAGAAAUGCUUACCAAAGAAGCUUACGAUGAGGUGAAGACUAAUUUAGCCAAAUAUAGCCCUCAAAUGAAAGAACGACUUAAAGUGAAUGUCGAAGACAUCAUCUUUUGUUUUCCAUAUGAUAUUAGUGUCGAAAGAUUGUCAUCUGAUUCAGCGAUCAUUAAAAUAUUUGUUGUCUACGAUUGUAUAGUUGGACUUCAAGAUGUGGUGCGAGAUAUGGCUUUCAACCGCAAAGACCUGAAUCUGAAAACUUUUUUUGGUUUUGAUAAAUAUCUCGAAAACAAAAUUUGCUGUAAUUAUGAGUUUAAACGACAUUAUGUUAAAGGAAAGGAUAGUCAGUGGAUAGUAAACAAGUUAUUACAUAUUAAGGACAGGGAUGUACUUAAAAUGUAUGUUAAUUUAGAAUAA